AUGGCUCCAAAGCUCGCUGCAGGCAAAGAAAAGCUCAUCGACGAAGAGACGAGUCUUGCACUAGCCGGCGUACAAGAGAUCUUCGUCAUCUGUCGGUCCCAUGCUGAGCAGGUCAAGGCGCUAUCAGGUGCGCUGUGUCUGGAUCCUGUCCGGGACCCGUCCCAGCUGAUAGAUGCGGGCAGGGACUCGAAAUGGUCGCGUCCAGGUUCGGGGAUCAAGAUCGUGCCCAUUAUGACUGCGAAGGAGACGUUCUCAGCCGGAGACGCCAUGCGCGAUGUAUACACCCGCGGACUGGUGACGAGCGAUUUUGUCCUGGUCAUGGGCGACCUUGUGAGCAAUAUCCGGAUCGACGAGGUGGUUCGCGUGCACAAGGAGCGGCGGAAGACGAACAAGGACGCGAUUAUGACUAUGGUCGUGAAGGAGAGCGGGGUUUCACAUCGGACGAGAACGACCGGCGACUCGUCCGUAUUCGUGCUCGACGCCCAUACGUCUGAGUGUCUGCACUACCAACCGGUCGAUGCCCAUCCUGCGACUAGAUUCGCGACGAUACCCCGAGAGGUUCUGGAGUCUCAUCCAGAGAUCGAGCUGCGUAAUGACCUCAUAGAUUGCUCGAUCGACAUAUGUUCCGUGGAGGUUCCAUCUCUAUUCCAAGACAAUUUCGACUACGAAGAUAUCAGACGCGAUUUCGUGCAUGGGGUUCUCACGUCCGAUCUUCUUAUGAAGAACAUCUACUGCUAUGUGGCUGAAGACGGAUAUGCUGCCCGGGUCAAAGACACCAAAAGCUAUGAUGCCAUCAGCAAAGAUAUUCUUUCGCGAUGGACCUUCCCUCUGGUACCGGACGAUAAUCACCCCGGCGGGCACGUGUACCAACACAGCCGAGGCAACAAAUAUUUUCCCGCAGACAACUCCGUGACGCUCGCACGAUCAUCCAAAAUCGGUAACAAUACGCUUAUUGGCGCGGCGACCAGAGUCCACGACAAUGUGGAAAUCACAGGCUCUGUAAUCGGUCGCAACUGUGUGAUUGGCGCUGGCUCAGUGAUCGAGGGCGCAUACAUCUUCGACGGGACAGUCAUCGGAGCCAAUUGUUACAUCAAGCGUAGUAUCGUCGGAGCGGGUGUGACGAUCAAGGAUAAAACGCGCAUCGAAAAGGGGUGUCUGGUCGGCGACGGCGUUGUCGUUGGGCCACUAGCAAGCCUCGACUCUUUCGAGCGAUUGUCAAAAAGGCGCGAGCAGGGCGAAACCUAUGCCAGUGACGAUGAGGACUCUGACUUGGAAGAUGUCGAAAACAAUCAGGAUGCCGAAAUCGUUGCUGCAUUGGGAAAGGACUCGAAUGCUCUCAACCAGAGGACGAGGCGAUUGGGCGAUGACGGCUCGGAGCUGGAGUAUUCCGACGACGGAUCGGACGACGACGACGACAGCUCGGAUGAAUCUGACUCUGAUGAAGAGCUGAACUAUUCUGGGUCUGAGAUCGAGGUUGAGGUUCCUGGGGCUUCAAAUCUCAUGCAAGACAAGGAGUUCACGAUGGAAGUCAACCAAUCACUGGAGCGGGCGUUCGCAGAGGGACACUCUGUCGACAAUGCCGCCGUCGAGCUGAAGACACUGCGUAUGGCGAGUAAUGUCCCGCUCUCGAGAGUUCGCGAGGCCGUCAUAGCUGCCAUUGUGGAAGCCAUCCCUGUCGUCGAAGGCGCUGCUGCCCAACGAAGAGAGAUCUCCCGUGUCAUCUCCCGGUGGGGACCGCUUAUCAACAAGAUUGGUGGCAUAGAUGCCGUAGAGGCCAUCGGCGCGUUGCAAGGUCAUUGCUCUACUUCGACGCGGCUACCGAUGUUUGGUCAUAUCUUGGCUGACUUGUACCAAAUCGAUGUCGUGGACGAAGACCACAUCCUAGCAUGGCAUGCCCUGGUCACAUCCAAAGGUCUCGACUCUGAACCGAAUGCCGAGAACGUGAAGCGAUGCUGGAUCGCUGGGGGACAUCUUCUCAAGCAACUGCAAGAGCAAGAGAGCGACGAAGAGGACGAAGACGGGGAAGACAAGGAAGAGGACGAAGGCAAAGCAUCUAUCAGCAGUGCUAAAGAAGGGUCUGGCAGCAGCGAGGAUGAAUCUUCGAGCGCCGCAGAAGGAAGCGAGAGUGGCGAAGAAGAGAGUGAGAGUGGAGAGGAGGGAAGCAGCGAUUCCGAAGAAGGCAGCGGUGACGAAGAAAGUGACGAAGAAAGCAGCCAUGUCGCAGCAACACCUCCAGCGUCAGCGCCAGCGCUAACGCCAAAAGCAGAUGCGCAGGGAACAUCUGUCCAGAUCUCUGGCGAAAGCAAAAACAUCGAGGAGAGCAAAACCAGCGGACCAAGUAAAAUCCCCGGCGAAAAUGAAACCACAACAGCAAGUAAGAGCGCCGGUGAGAGUAAACCCGCUGGAAUCAAUGCAGAGAGCACUAGUGGUGAGGAAGAUGGCGAAGAGGAUACCAGCGACAGUGAAGGAGAGAGUGGCAGUAGUGAAAACGAGAGCGGCAGCGGCGAAGACAAGAGUGGUAGCGGCGAGGAGGAAAGCAGUAGCGGUGAAGAUUCUGGGGAAGAUGGCGCUGAAGCCCACCCAGUCGUCAAAAAGCCCUAGACACAUAAUAUGAAUACAGUUUACUGAUGGAUCCAGGCCUCCGGCCACUGAGGUAUAUGUCGCUCCGGAGAGUGCAACUAGGACCCAGAUUGACUAAUUCCCCCUCUGCGCUAUCGAGUAGAAGCGGAGCAUGAGUGCUUAGACGCUUCGGAUAAAGGAUAAAGUCGGGCGAAGUCCGUGAAAUUCUCGAAAAAGAGAUAGGGCAAAGCGCUCGAUCUCAAGCGCAAACGUACCCGCAGUGUCGAAACCAGAUAUGGAUAGCGGGUACUCAAAACAGACCAGAAAAGCACCUCAAGCCGUCUCAGAUGAUAAAACACAGCUAGUUUGCGAGAGGAAAAGCCCCUGAUCGGCCCCGAAAUGGAGUCGAUCUGUCAAAGGCGGUGGAGGGACCUCAACGCAAGUGACUGGGGGCCUGUGUGUCCCAUGCGCAACACGCGGUCGGUGUUUCAAUACUUGAGGAUGAUGUGAUCGCCGCAGAAUCAUAUGGUACCCGGUCUAUGAAAAUCAGCUUGCCUAGGCAUGCCUCCGACCCAGUAACACCGAGGGGUCUGACGUAUGGGUUGCGCAUGGGUACUUGGUAUCCCAUAAGCGCCCAGACGAUGGGCAUAAGCAGAUUUGCGCCAGACCCUGGGAUAGCGUGAGAUGCAUCACGCGAAUGAAAUGCGCGAAAGCACUGCAAUUGGCGGAUUGGCGAAUUCGAGAGGCGUUCGAGAAUCACGCACGCAAGGGUUGGAAGCAGGAGCGCAAGAAGGACCUUGCAGACGUCCGAGGAUGCGAGAGCCCAGAAACGCGCUAAAGUCGGCCAGGGACAAGAGGACCCUACCGCAGUGAAGCUUGUGUUGAGAAUCGGUUCAGAAAGUCGAGCUAAGCGAGACACUUUUGGUCAUUUCACGUUAUGUAUGUGUGCCGGGCCGGUGAUCGCGCCAUCUGAGCGCAUGGGUGUUGCCGGAUAAUUUCCACUGGACCGGGUCUGCAUUCAUUCUGCAGAGGGCACGAGGUCCCAGCGUGCGGUGAUAUGCAGUCUGGAGCAGACCAAGUGUGAGAGUCAUGCUGCUGCGGGGGCUUUGAGGAGUUGACGUUGAGACGUGAGGCAGGGAUGACGCACUUGUGACAGGCUGUGCCUUGCUGUGCCCAUGACGCAAGUGCCGAUCCGCGCUCCACAUGAUUACUAUAAGAGACUAUAAGAGUGCGCAGUCUGGCCAUUUCCAGCAUCUGACGACCCUCACGUCUACAACAUCCCACUAACAUGGCAUUCACCGCUUCUGACAUCUGCAAGAUCAUCCUUGCCGUUAUCCUCCCUCCCCUUGGUGUCUUCUUCGAACGAGGCUGUGGAGCUGACCUGCUCAUCAACAUUCUGCUGACCGUCCUUGGAUACAUCCCUGGCAUCAUCCACGCCCUGUACAUUAUCCUCAAAUAUUGAGGUAGUCGAAAACAGACUCUUGAGCAACGAUACCCGCGUGUACCCUAGUUCCACUUAAUUCCAUUGCAAUCUGGCUGUAAACUUGAACACAUUCAAUUCGAAUCAGGUCAAAUUCGC